UAAUUGCAUCAUCAUACUCAUCUCCUUCACCUCCUACAUUGGAUUCUUACUCUUCCUUCACACACCCAUUUUUUUUAAAACACAAAAAAAAAAAUCUUCAUUUAAAAGUUUCAUUUUCAAUAGUCCCCCCAUAUCCCUUCAAAUAAAUCCAUACCCACAUCUCCUACAAGUGUAGGACACCCCCAAAUCACAUCCCAUCUUUUCUUGUCAUUUUCUAUGGUAGUGCCCUUCACUUACCUUAAAGUUGUUCUUUAUUUUAGGGCUUAGGUUGAUGACAAAACCCUUGAUAGUAUUGCAUUUUUAGGCCCCCUUUUAUAAGGUAUACAUCAAUGUGGGGUUUUAUUUAGCUUCCCCAUACUAAAAAAAAACCCCAAUUUUUUUUUGUAAAUUUGUUUUUAAGGAAUUUGUAAAACAAUUCAACCAAAAAAAAUGUUUGAUGGAAUGGGCGACCAAUUCUAUCAAUUCUUAGCCUCUACAAAUUCAAAUACUAAUAAUAGUACUAAUAAUGCUAAUAAUUCUUCUACUUCUUCUCUUAAUCUUCCUUUAUCUUUUUCUCUUCAUCAUCAUCAUCACCAUGCUUCUUUCCCUUCUUACCCACCAACCUUUGAUUCUUCUUACCAUCUUCUUCAUCCUUCACAAUUUCUUCAUAGAAAUGAAGUUAAAGGAGAAAUUCUUAACUUACAUGAUUCUUGUUUGAAUCCAAGAUCAUUGUUGUUGCAUGAAAUUCCAUGGUCUAAUGAUGAAUUGCUUGCUCUCUUUAGACUCAGAUCUAGUAUGGAUAAUACUUGGUUUCCUGACUUUAUUUGGGAGAAUGUUUCUAGAAAGUUAGCAGAGCUUGGGUUCAAAAGGACUGCUGAGAAGUGCAAGGAGAAAUUUGAGGAAGAAUUCAACAACAUUAAUAUUAAUAAUAACAAUAAUAAUAAUACUAAUACUAAUAAUAAUAAUAAUAAUAAUAAUAAUAAUAAUAAUAAUAAUAAUAAUAAUAAUAGGCUCUUUGGAGAGCUUGAACAACUUUGUAGUAAUAAUACAAAUAUUAAUCAUGAUGAUCAUCUUCCUAAUGAUCAUGAUCAUCCACAGACUUCAUUAUCUCAAAGGGGUGAAUUUCCAGAUGAAGAUGAAGAUGAAAAUAAUGUUCAUGAUGAUGAUGAUUGGGAUGAUGAAGAAAAUGAAGAAAAAAGAAAAAAAGAGAAUUUAUUAGAGGAUAAUAAUGAAGAAAAAGAAGUGGGUAUUACAAGAAAAAUUGAAAAUAUGAACCACCAUGUUGAAGAUGAACAAUCUAUGAAUGAUGAUAGUGAGAAGACUGAGGAAAAUACAAAGAAAAUGAUGAGGAAAAGAAAAAGAUCACAAAAGAAAUUUGAAAUGUUAAAAGGGUUUUGUGAGAAAAUUGUUAAUAAAAUGAUGGAUCAACAAGAACAACUUCAUUGGAAGAUUCUAGAAGAUAUGGUAAAAAGAGAUGAAGAAAAGAUUGCAAAGGAAGAAGCAUGGAAACAACAAGAGAUUGAGAGGUUACAGAAGGAAUUGGAAAUUAGGGCACAUGAACAAGCCAUUGUUGGAGAUAGGCAAGCUAAGAUUCUUGAUUGUUUAAACAAGUUUAAUGCAUCAUCAUCAAAUAUUAUGGAAAAUAGUUGGUGUUUUAAAGAGACAAUUGAAAAUAUUAGCAAGGUACCAAAUCUUAUUACUUUGUCUAAUUCCUUAAUUACAAGUACUAAUUAUCAAGAUAAUCCCAUUAGUGUACAAUUACCACCUUCAUCUUCUUAUACAACCCAUGAUAAAACUUCUUCAUUAAAUGAUAGUUUACCCAUUAAUGAUCAAGUGGUGGGUCAAAACCCUAAUCCUCCUUCUUUGGUUGAUUCUUAUAAAUUAUCGAGUUUAGAUCAUACCGGCACUAAUGCAAUAGAUGAUAUUGAUCGCCAAAAAGUUAUUGGAGGAAAGGAUGAUACCGGGCGAAGAUGGCCUAGAGAUGAAGUGUUAGCAUUGAUCAACAUAAGGUGUAGCCUCUUUAACAAUGGUAAUGAUGUGAACAAUGAUAAAGAAAGUUGUUCUAAGGGUCCAUUAUGGGAAAGAAUCUCACAAAAGAUGAUGGAAUUAGGGUACAAUAGGAAUGCAAAAAGGUGCAAAGAGAAAUGGGAGAACAUAAACAAGUACUUUAGAAAAACAAAGGAUUUGAACAAGAAAAGGUCAAUUGACUCAAGAACUUGUCCUUAUUUUCAUCAACUAAGUCAUCUUUAUAGUCAAGGAGCACUAGUGGGCUCCAUUGAUAGGCAGAUGAACCUCGCCGGGUCGCCGGAAAUUGGUAAGUCCAAUGCAUUUUCAGGUGGGUGAAGGUGGGUCUAGUAGUGUUGCAUAGGGUGGUGCAACUAAUACUAUGCAUGCUUCUUAAUGUAUGUUAAGAAGGUGUGGUCCAAGUUUUAUUUGUAUGUGUGUGGUGCUAUAUAAUUUUGUACCUUUUUGUUGUAUGUUAAACACUUUCUAGCUAUAUAUAGAUGUUGCUAGCUAGCAAGCUGAAUUUAGUAGUAUAUUUCAUUUAAGUGUCACUUAAUUCUUAUAUUUGUGCAUAAUAAAUGAUUAGUGUUAUUAUUAGUGUUAUUUCCUCUUGUAUGUUCUUAUAAAUUUGUAACA